CUUACCUGUGUGGACUGGCCCACUGACGUAACGGUUACCGUUGACAACCGAUUAAGCGUCACCAGUCUCAGCUGCAAAUUCAUGAGUGCGCAGUGCAGUCCUCCCCGGAGACCGUCCCGUCCCGUCAGGAGGGGGAAAACACAGCCACCGCGGCCAAUGCAAUGGGGACCGACUAGUUUUAUGGAGGGAUAAUAAACCAGAUGUGUUUCUUCCAGCUGUUCGGGCGUGUGUGUUCGUGCAGUAGCCGGAGCUGGACGGGGGGCUGUUGUUGUUUAUAACGUUACCCAGCAGCUGCAGCUAACAUGGCUGAGGAUGACAGCGAGUGGGUUGUGGAGAGCAUCGUGGGCUACCUGGGGAGUCCUGAAUGGCUCAUUCCUGUCACGGACUUUCUGGAGAACAAAUGCACGGUUUUUGAUGACGAAGAUGAAAAUAAGUUAUCUUACACAGAAAUCCACCAGCAGUAUAAGAGAUUGGUGGAGAAGCUGCUAGAGAAUUAUAUGCAGGAGGUUGGCAUCAACGAGCAGCAGUUUUUGGAUGCGUGCUCUUCUCCUUUUGCCAAGUCCAAAACUCUGCAGACAGUGUUCCAGCCAGUUCUGGCCACAGAUGAUUUCCAGAUGUUUCGCUCACUGAUGGUCCAGAAGAACAUGGAGCUGCAGCUUCAAGCCCUCAGGGUCAUCAAGGAGAGGAACGGUGCCCUCCCAGAGUGCCUGACUGAUGGCGUGGACGUGAUGACAGAGUUGCAGCAGCAAGAAAUGAAAAUCCUGCAGGAAGUUCUCAAAAAGUCAAAAGAGGAGUAUGAUGAAGAAAUGUCCAGGAGGCUGCUGUUAGAGGAAGAGCACGGUACCACCUCCAGCAGCUGCUCAGAUAAGCCAGUGGCAAAGAGUGGUGACGCCCAUAAUGCCACCACCGCUCCCAGCCAACAAAGCAACACCAGCAAGGUCAACGGCAAACCUGCCAAAAAAGAGGAGAGCAAGAAGUCUGCCACAGGAGGAGGAGUUGAGAAAAAAGGAGCUACCUCUUCUAAGCCAGAUUGUGGCAGUAAGAGUGUGGAGUCCAGAGUCCUCCCUGCAGUCAGAGGUCCAGUAAAGUCUGCUGAACCCACCGCCAGCCUCAGUCCUGACACCAAGGAGCAGAGCAGCAGCCAGACUGCAGCCGAAGCCUGGCUGGAGGAGGCACACAGGGAGGCUGGCUUCUCCAAACCAUACACUGAGCUGUCGGCGUCACAGCAGGAGCAGCUCCAGCAGAGGGCAGCAUAUCUGCGCCAGCAGCGAGACAAGCUGCAUGCACUGAAGAAAGAACAGCAGAAAACAAAGCAGACCACCACAGAGGAGGCACCCACUACCCCCACACCAGCACCCACCACCACCCUGGAGAUUUCAGCAGAGGAGAAAAAGAAACUACAGAAGAGAAAACAUUUGGCUGACAAGCUAAAGGAGGAAGUAAUCAAGAAAUAACUUCUGCUGCCCCUCACCUGCAAUUUUCUUAUUUAUAUCUUGUCUCUUUUAUUUCGGUAAUCAAACACAUGGCUUCCUUUACACUGCAUCCUUCAGCCCGAUUAUUCACUUUCAUAAACUCUGAUCAGGGCACAUCAAAAGUAUGAGAUCUUCCUUCGUCAGAGUCUUAACUUUUCUUUGGUGUCUACAGAUGGAAAAGUAUGUAUUUGUGUAUUUUCAGUGGAUCAGUAUGUUGAAGUUUUUCACACUGUGAGUGAUCAGUCAGGUAUUUUAUAAGACGAGCAAGUUCAGAAACUGUUAAAGAAACUGGAAAGCGCAUGGAGAUUCACUUGAACUGCGUACAAAAUCAAAAUCACUCUGAUUUUUUUUUUUGUCCCAUUUGAGUGAUCAGAAUUAAAGUGUUUAAUUUUUACACCAUGUGGAGACGUCAAAUCUGCACAGUGAAACAAAAAUGCCUUCCCAGCAUGAACUACUUUGCUCAAAAAUCUCAUAAUGCAACAAAUGACCUUUCACUAGAUGAGAAAAAUCACUAUUAUGCAACACUACACCUGCCAGUAAUGGAAUAAAAUCCUGAUGAGUGUCUGAAAUGUAAUUUUCCCGCUCAGUAUAGAGUAAACCGCUGGCCGUUAGAGGAUAGUGACUGAAGGAGUGAAUCUGUUUCUCUAUAGACAGCUGUCAAAAGAUCAUAAAUGGGGCAAUGUGGUGAAACACAGACUUGAUGUGAGGCACGACUGGCUAUCAAUGAAUUAUGAGUUCAAGCUUGAUGGGGAGAGUCCUAUCUCGAGGCGAUUUUAACAUGAACUACCACAAGUCUACAGUCUUGUUUUCUACCGUCUCUAGCACUCGCAGAGGGAAGAAUCAGCUGGUACAUGGUUAUAAGCUGGUAACACUGUAGCAGCUCAUCAGAGAGCGCUGUGGAAGUUCUUGAAAUGAACGCAGCGUCAUGCGUUU